AUGGCUUUCCCGCAGCACGCGUCGUCACGCUUUUCCGACGUGCAGCUGCCUAUUGUGUUCUUGCCCGACGUCGAGGAGGAAGACGACAUGGAAUCGGGGGCUGGCCUCGAGGUUGAUACUCGGCCAAAACAGAAUGUUCCCCAGCCUGCUCCCGCUCCUCAACACCCCAUCCCAUCUAUGCAGCAGGCCUUUGCGGAAUCCUUGAUGGAAGCCACGCAAGGCGCGGCCGUGAAACCAAAACUACGAACCGGCGAUGCCAAGGCAAGGCGCGAGGAGCUCCUGGACGGGGGCCGGUCCGACCCGCCCCCGACAGCCUUGUGGCGCGGCCGGGCAGGCCAGAGGACACACGAGCUUUGCAGACUGCUGGCCCAGAUCUCAUUUGGUGUGUACUUGCUCCUCCAUGGCAUGGCCAAUAGCCAGAUCCUGGUUGUUUCCAUUCUGCAAGGUCACAUCGACGAGGUGGACGAGUUUUUGGAGACGACGCUCGAAGAUAUGGAUCUUGCCACAAAUGAUAUGGAGGACCGGAUCAAGCACUUGAAGCUCCCUAUGGACAACAUCGGCGUCUUUGAGAAGAUGCUGGAGGAUAGAAACUUUCGCAUGCAGAUCCUCGACGGGAACCAGAAGAUCGAGCAUAUUUUAGCUCGCACUCAGGUUGCACUCAAACAAACGACCCAUGACCUCGCCGAGGGACUCGCGGCCACCCGGGAGUUUACCAUCUACCUUGCAGAGCAGCAGCAUGGGAGCUGGCGACGGGAUCGCCCGGAUGUGAUUGACAUCUUUGACGCCAUGAAAGGAAACACAGAUGGGUGGUUCAACGCGUUUAUGGAUCUGCAAGCCAAAGGAAGCUCCCUGAACGCGCUGAUUGUCAGGCUGACCGAUAUCGUCUCCGAGAUGGAGAGGAGGGCGGGCGAAGUGAGCCGGAAGACUAGGUUUAGCGUGAAGCCAUACUCUUCCCCCAGUCAUAGCCCUCGGCCAUCUGAUGCGUCGUCGAUCACGACCCCUCCAACCUCGCCACCACCUAGGAAGAUUCCAAACUCGCCUCCCCGGCUUUCGUUACGGCUGAGCGCAAUACAAACGGUCGCCUUAACCAUCGACACCGAGACCCAGCUGAUGGCCGAGUUACAUGCCCCCAAGGAAGACGACACGGCCGCCCGGAACGAGGCGGGUGCAGACGGGGCUACGCGGCAGUCAGUCCUGAUGGUAACUUCGAGGUCGCCACCCCCCGAGGAGUCACCCCCUGGAACGCCUAGUGAACUACCACCCCAGUCACCCCCUGCCAGAGACCCGCGUCGGCUUUCUAAACGGCCAUCAAUGUUGGCAGACUUGCCCAAGCUUGAAGUGCCCAAGGAAGACGACGAGGGAGAGGAAGCCACGUUCUAUCUCUUGCAACCUAGAACAUACACACCUCAGCCCCCGUCGCCACAGCCGUCGCCCCGUAUUAUUGAUGAGCGGCCCAAGGCGAACCCGGAAAAGUCAGAUACCCAAAGGCAAAGGGUCGAUUCUUCGGCUUCUUCGGUCGAGUCUGCAGCACAGCUAACGCUCGAACCCAUCAAACCACGGGUGGAACAUGUGAUAUCGAAACCGCAGGUACACCGGCUAAGAGUCGUUGAGAUCGGAUCCAAGACGGAUCCCAGGACUGGCACCAGGUUAAGUCAAAGACCGGAAUCGCGAUCAAGGCCUGGACCGGACCCGGCACAGGCCCCCGAACUGGUUAUCCCACAGGAUCCUGAGGUGGUGACAACACAGAGGACGUCCCUGAGGCAACGCAUCUCACUGAAGACCAGUCCUCCGGAAUCAAUACAGGUUCCUCACCCAAACGCGACGGAAAGGUCGUUGCACGCAGCCCCGCGGGGUUACCAGGCGCCGGAUUCGGCAUACGGAUCCGAUAUGGAGCGCCCACCCGUCAACUCGAUGACAUCGGUCAACUCGCCUCUUGCAGAUUUCUCACCGCCCUUCAUUCAUCCAGGGAUGAUACCCUCGCCACAUUCUGAGAGGCAGUUUUUCCGCCCCGUCCAAGCCAGCCCCUACUCGCCGUUACAGCAAAGGCCACACACUGCCGGGACCGUGGGCCCUCAUCAGUUUCCGCCUCCCCCGAGGCACGCCCCUUCUAGGAUGGGGAUGAGCAUAAUGAGUACCGACACCUCUAUGACCGGCCAGACGGGCAAGUCGGUCAAGAAGAAGCGCAGCGCGUUCGGAUGGUUGAAGAAAGCUUUUGCCUUAGAUGAUGAAGAGCGAGCAGCGUUCGAGCAAAGGAAGAGGGAACAGACUCCCAGCAACCCUUAUUACGAACCCAAGAGCCAGCAGUUCUUGGAUGGCAAACGCAUUCGGCCCCGGCCGGGUUAUUAA